UAUACAUUUUGUGUUGAAUCAAAGUCAGAUAUAUAAUAUCUGAACAUGGCAAAGGGAAAUGUUACUGCGAAUUCUCCUCUUGAGAGGGCCAGCUUGGCUUCUCUGGAUCAGAAGCUAGCCCUGGCAAAGCGUUGUUCUCGUGAGGGAGUGAUGGCUGGAGCUAAGGCAGCUGUUGUUGCCGGCAUUGCCACUGCCAUUCCAACACUGGCUAGUGUAAGGAUGGUGCCAUGGGCAAAAGCAAAUCUGAAUCACACUGCUCAAGCUUUGAUAAUCUCAACAGUGGCCGGAGCAGCAUACUUCAUAGUGGCUGACAAGACUGUUUUGGCAACUGCUAGAAACAACUCCUUCAACCAACAACCCUCCGAUAAUCCAUGAACUCUGUUAUCUAUCAAAUUAAAAAUAUAUAUGCAUGUAUGUAGAUAAAGAAUAGUUCAAUUU